CAAUUCCUCUCUACUUUUCCAUUCGUAUACCCACAGCUACUUGUCCGCCAUGAGCAACCGACGAGGACAUCUUUCUCGCAAGAUACCCAAUGCCAUCAAUAGACCCGCACCGCCAAAGGCUCACGUUCCCAGAGAACGAUCCCCCUUGAGCCGGAUGGAUUUGGAGCUCUUGAGACAGGCGGAGGCCGAAGACGAAGAAGUAAGAAUUCACUCUCACCAGUCUGAAAGACCUUGGAAAGGAGUUUUCAUCACUUUCACAGGUGUGGAAAACAAGGCACAACUAAGCAGCCUCGCCAGGGAGCUUGGGGCUGAAGUUGAUACUGCCCUUACAAGAAGCAUCACGCAUGUCGUCGCCGUCAGUUACGAGUCGCCAAAAUAUCAAUUCGCUUUGGCAAAUGGUAUACCUAUAAUGACACCGGCAUGGAUCAUAGAGGCUCAUGAGAUAUGGCUGGCGGGCGGAGAGCUUAAUUUUGAGGAAGAUGAGGAAAAUCAUCGGCUACUGCCAUUUACGGGAUUCAGGAUAUCCAUGUCCGGUAUCGAUCAGAUGGAUCGUCGUAGAUUCCUGAUUCAACUCAUCACUAGCCAUGGAGGCGAAUACUCGAAAGAUCUCGAUCGUGACUGCACCCACCUUGUAUCUUCACAUCCUACCAGCGACAAACGCCGCUCAGAAAAAGUCAAAUGGGCUCUUCGCGAGAACGCUGAGAAUGAGGCUAGAAGGAGAAAAGGGGUAAGGGAUGAGCGAGACAUUUUGAUCGUGUACGAGGAGUGGAUUUGGGACUGUGUAGCGUACCGUGGAAGAUGGCCCUCAGACAAGUACGAUGCGACCAAGCCACGACGAGGAGGAAAAGUCGAUCCUGAGGACGUUAUCAACGGGACUUUUCAAAUUUCCCGACCUGAUCGCAAGGUUGUCAUCAACAGCUCUACUGCUACUGGGGGAGAAUUAUAUGCGAGCGAACAGGCUUCUGUCCGGCGUCGCAAAACUGCCGGAUUAGACACUCUUGUCGGACAGAUAAUAGGCGAAGGCAAAAAUCGAGACACACCCAAAAGGAGUGCUUCAGCAGUUCUCGAAGAACCAACUGCCAAACGACCUAAACUAGUCGCCAAAAGCUCAAUGGUUCAUCUUUCCCGCUCAACAUCUUUUGUCACUGCCGAUGCCCCUACAUCUGCCUGUCCCACAACCCACGAAACAGAAGGAAAGACCAAGAUUGACGAAUCAAAACAAGUUGCAAGAAUUUUUGAAGGGCUGAGAAUGGCUGUCUGUAAAAGCAAAGGGUGGGAAGCGAUGCUGGAAGCCUUGUCGUCGCGUGGUGCAAUCCUUGUUGACGAAAAGGAUUGGAUGAAGGGAGAGACUUGCAACUAUGCGAUCAUAAGAUUAGCCAACCCGAAUAUACCACCCAUGCCUGAGGGUCAAAGCACAAUCUAUGUGACUGAGAACUGGGUUGAGUCAUGUAUUGUCGAGGGAAAGCUUGUGUCUCCAGAUGAGCAUCUCUUAUACAAACCUUUGACCAUUGAUGUUCCCAUUCCAGGAGCAAAAGGAAUCAUUGUCCAUAUCUCGGGCUCCGAAGAUCAUCAGCUGUCCUCAUAUCAUCGACGACUUGCCAGGGCCCUCGGCUUUGAACUUCAGCUCACGGUAGACCGUGAUGUGACUCACCUCAUCUCCUUUCGCAAUCACGGCAUCAAAGUCCGGCGGGCAAAGGCUUGGGGCUCUCAAAUUGUGAAGCAUGACUGGUUGUUAAAGAUGGCAGAGACAGGGAAGCUUGAGCCAGAGGAAGAAUAUCAGCUGCAUAUCCCACCGGAGAAUCUUCGUGGAUCUCAUAAAGAUUUACUAUCAACUGCAGAUAAGGCCAACCAUUCGAAAGCUGACUUGUCCGUUCCUUGUGAUUCGGGUGUAAAGCCGGAGCCGAGGCUUGAGCACCGCUUCGAGCCCGGCACAUCUGGUCAAAAUAAACAGAUAACUUCUCAAGCCGGUCCCUCGUCUAUCCCAGCCUCUCGAGCCCUCAGACCUACUCCUACGCAUGUCAACGACUCAACGGAUGAUAUCUCUAUGCUUGAUGCUCGAGCUGAUGUAUCCGAGAUUCAACAUGCCGAUGCAACCAUGGAAGAACGGUCAGAUCCCCUCAAACCAUCGCCUCAAUCGCUCAACCGACAUACCUCUGCUCCAGAUCCUCGACCCAGUCCACUCAACAAUAAACUCCUCACGGAAGCAGAUAAAAAUAUGAAUAUGACGCCUGGCAGCUCCGCGGCCGGCGCUUCAACGUCGGCUUUGCCAAAUAAGGCUGCAAGUACAGCAGCGCUGGGGGAUAUGGACAAGAAGCAGGAUAUAUCUGAUGUGUUAAGGCGGCUGGCAGAGAAGCCGAGCGGGACUCCAGUAAAUAUACCAAGACGUGGAAGGCCUUCAGCCAGAAUCAAGAGCACAAACUCCCGCUCCCCUGCAUUACUUUCGCCUUCGAACCGCCCUAAUCCCCAGCCUCUACAUCCAGAAUACCAAGAAUCCAUAGAAGUCGAAGACGACCCAAUGAAAAACUUUGGAAAUGAUGCACCUGAAGAAAGUAUGCAGAUCAAAUAUGUUGAUCAGAAGGCUGUCAGGGAGCGGAGAAAACUUAUGGCCCUUUUUGGCGAGGAAGGGGAAACUUCAAAGAACAAAAAACGUUAGAAGUGCCAGGAAACGCUUCUCGGGAUAGCAAGGAAGUCUUGUUGUAAUUUUGUCAUGCAUGUUGUCAUGGUCUUCUUGAUAG